UCAAGCAACAGUUACUAGGUAACAGUAUUUUCUGACUUUUAAUACUGUGCCCCUUGCUUUUACCAAUUAAUAAACGUCAAACCUACUCAACAUAGAAAGAAAUUGUGAUGACUUCAUCCACUUAUAAAUUAACCUACUUCACUGUAAUGGCCCUUGGAGAGCCCAUCAGAUGGUUAUUGAGCUAUGGAGGCCUACAGUUUCAGGACAUUCGAUUAUGCCAUGAAGAAUGGGAAGCACAGAAAAACAAAUCCCCUUUUGGGGCAUUACCCCUUCUCGAAAUUGAUGGAAAAGUAAUGCAUCAGAGCGUUGCAAUUUGCCGCUAUCUUGGAGCAGUUGUGGGCCUAUCCGGAAAGAACGCAUGGGAAAACUUUGAGAUCGAUAUAGUAGUUGAUUCUAUUUCUGACUUACGCACAAAAAUUGCAACUUAUAAUAAGUUACCAAACAGCUCGCAAACACGUGCACAGCUUAGACUUGCAUUGUUGAACGAAACUAUACCGUUUUACUUAAACCGCUUUGAAAAAAUGGCGUCGGAGGGUUACGUAGCCAAUGGCAAAUUGUCGUGAGCUGAUAUAUUUUUUGUGGCGAUACUAGAUUACAACAAUGGGGUAUUGAAAGAAGAUAUAAUCAAUGCCGAGAAAUACCCCACUUGGACAACCUAAGAAAGAAAAUUCGGUCGAUGCCAGCAAUCGCGACUUGGAUCGGCAAAAGACCCGAAUCAGAAUAUUAAAACUGAUUAUAAUUACAAGUAGAAGUGCAUUUAUUGAAAAAUAUAUAGUACGUUUAGCGUUUUUUCAAACGUUUUGAUUUAUUCGAAGCUGUAGUUUAGCACCAUCCCUUGGGACGCUCCUCAAUCCACUUCUUGAUCUGUGGAAUGGCGAGGACAGUA